UUGCGGCCAUGCGCGGGGACCCUCGGGUUCUUUGUUGCGGAAAGAUGACAAAAGCAGCACAGUGCGGUGCUGCGCGGCUCGGCACGGCACGGCGCAGUCCAGCACGGCACAGCGUGGCACAGAGCGGCAUCGGCACGGUGCAGCGUGGCACAGAGCGGCAUCGGCACGGUGCAGCGUGGCACAGCACGGCACUGAGGGGUCGGGGCAUCGCAACCCCCUGGUGCUGUCUCAGCGGUCGGAAUGCAGCGCACGUCCAUCCCCACAGCAGCUCCUGUGCCCGGCAGCAAUUAAUCAGCGGACAACAGCGGAGCAGCGCGCAGGGGAAGCGAGGGGGCUCAGCCUUGCCCCGCGUUGGGGAGGGGGCUGAUAGGCAGAACGUUUUUGCCUCGGGCUGCAAGUCCUGCAGAACAAUUGCAGGAAAUCUCCUUUACAAGUGCAGACAAGGCAUCGCGACCAACAAUCGCUCGGAAGGAAGGCACGGAGGGAACAGGGAAGCGCGUGCACUGAUAAGUGGGCGCUGUCUCAACAACGGGCGGGCGGCCAAAAAGCAAACAGCCCACCCCAGGGACACGCAGGGACAACGAUGCUGUGCCGGCUGCUGGGAUGCUGCACCCAUCAAACCUACAGGAACUCUCUGCUUCGCACGAGGGCUCCUCGCACCCUGCACCCCACAUCGCCCAGCAUCGCCCCACAUCACCCCGGUCCCGCACGAGCGCAGCCCCCGCACGUGUCAGCGGAAGAAGGGACGCGGGUGGGCGGCGUGGGUCGCUCCUCAGUCCUGCAAGCAAUUGCACGGCCUCGGGGGCCCAUCUCCAAGUCGUCAUCGCUAAUUAUCCCUUAAUUAGAGGUAUGAAGGAUGCAUGAGUCACCGCCCACACAUCUGAUGUGCCGAACCACAGCAGCACCCAUCGCUGCCAGCGGACUCCGAGGGCGCAGAAGGAGGACAAAUGGAGCUGUGCAGCCCAGCUGGGAAGAGAGGGAUCCUGGGGAGGGGGCUUUCCUCUCCUGAGCUGAAGGUGCAGCAGAGGAU